GCUGCUCGCGGGCUCCGAGCCCCGCCGCCCAUCGCCGUGGGCUCGGGGCUGCGCCGGGCAGCAUGUGGGAGCCGGCGGAGUUCCAGCGGCACUGGCAGGCCGAGUUCCCCGGGGAGCCGGCGCCCCGCAUGCAGCUGGGCUCGGUGCGGGACAUGGAGCUGGAGCUGGAGCGCAGCCGGGGGAACCUGAGGCAGCUGCAGCAGGCGCUGGCCGAGGAGAAGUUCAAAGUCCUUUACCUGGAGACGGCUCUGGCCCGGGAGCCCCCGGCCCCCUCCCCGGACGGGCAGGCAGAGGAGCCGGCCCCCCUCCCGGACAUGCCUCCUGGCAAGAGGGGAGCCGCGGGGCGCGCAGUGCACAGCUUGGCCGCAGCCAUCCAGCACCAGCUGCAGCAGCACAAGCCAGCCCCGCGGGCCCGGAGGCAGGGCAGGCGGCAGCCCCCCAGGCGUGAGCACCCUGUAGGCUGGAGCACCCAGGAGGGGCCAGAUGGCCUGGCCACUGAGCAGGGCAGCGAUGCUCCAGCUGGGCACCCCCCUGGCCAGACCCCUGGCAGCGAGCCCCCCGUGCCCGUCCCCAGGGAGCCCCCUGGCAGCGAGCCCCCCGUGCCCGUCCCCAGGGAGGCCCAUGGCAGCGAGCCCCCCGUGCCCGUCCCCAGGGAGGCCCAUGGCAGCGAGCCCCCCGUGCCCGCUCCCAGGGAGGCCCAUGACAGUGAGACCCCCACUGGGCACCCCCACAGCAGCGAGUCCCUCAUCCCUGGGGAAGCCCAUGGUAGCGAGCCCCCCACUGGGCACCCCCAUGGCAGCGAUCCCCCUGUCCCCAUCCCUGCCCAAGCCCAUGGUAGCGAGCCCCCCACUGGGCACCCCCAUGGCAGGGAUUCCCCUGUCCCCAUCCCUGCCCAAGCCCAUGGUAGCGAACCCCCCAUUGGGCACCCCCAUGGCAGCGAUCCUCCUGUCCCUGCCCAGGCCCAUGGUAGUGAGCCCCCCACUAGGCACCCCCAUGGCAGUGAGCCCAUCUUUAGGGAAGUCCGUGGCCGGCAGCCCCAUGCCAAGAACACGCCUGGCCCCGGGGAGGGCAGUGUUGACCACGACUACGAGGAGGUGGACGUGAGUGAGAAGUUCCUCCUGAAUCCGGUCCUCUUAGGCUUCAGGAUCCUACCCCGGGGGCCCGGGGAGGAGCAGGACAGGCCCCACCGCUGGCUGCCCACCAUAGGGGGCAGGUGGCCCAAGCACAGCCGGGACCUGGACCCGCUGGAUGGGACGAAUGGGCGCAGCUCCCCCGUGCAGCACGAAGAGCAGCACCCGCUGCCCUGGAGACACAGGCGACACUUGGAUGUGCCUGGCAGGGACUCCUCCAGCUGCAGCUCCCCGGAGAGAGGCAGUGACUGUAGCUACAACAGCUCUGACCACGAGGACGGCUCCUCAGCAGAUGUGUCGGUGGCCGAGGAUCUGACAGCCAGCCGAGCCUCCCCGAGCAUGGAGCCGCUCAGCCACCGGGGCCUGGCGCGCCUCUCCUGGAUCGACACCCUCUACAGCAGUGUUUGCACCGGAGCUGUGGAGCUCGGAGUGCAGCACCUAAGAGGCCCGGUGCUGGGCGGGAAGGACCAGUAG